UAAAAGUUGAGGUCGCAAAUGGUAGCUGCGGGAGUUUCGAUGAGAAAACUUGAUGGGGAGUGUUUUUAUGAUGUUUAUAUUGAGUGCUUUUGCGAUCGGCAUCGUCGCUGGUCUUCAGAAUGUUACGGAGCCCACGGAAGGCAAUGACGUCACUGAAGCUGUAAAGUCGACAGACAUGGGUCUACUGGUGCCAACAAAGGCUUCGGACCCGCGCGUGCUAGACCAUUUGAAUGUGACUAUACAGGAUCACACUUCUAUGUGGGAUAUGUAUCUUCACCAAUGCUCCUCGUGGAAGCCGAUUAACCAUAUAUUUUUCCAAGUGACGAAUGCCUGUUUUCUGCUCGCGUUUUUGGCGCCACACACUCCCUCUGGUCUGAUAUGGUUAAGAGUAUGUCUGGUGUUAGGUUGUGCAUUUUCUGGUUUCUACGCUUGGGUGGAGUGCAAUUUGGAUGCGGUGAUAUGGGACUGUGCGUUUUUAGUGAUAAACUUUGUGUAUUUAGCUAUGCACUUCUAUUUGCUGCGGCCGAUCAAGUUUCAUAAAGAAAUUGAGGAGGUGUACAUAGCACUGUUCAAGCCUCUACGUGUCUCAAGGCGGCAGUUCCGUCGCGUGUUAAUGUGCAUGCGCAACGUGCGCCAUCUCAAGUGCCAUGAGCUCUACGCGCACGAAAAGGUCACCAAGGUCGACAGCCUAUCCCUUGUGCUGUCUGGCAAGUUGGUGGUGUCACAAAACCAGAGGGCAUUGCACAUAGUGUUCCCGCACCACUUCUUAGACUCGCCAGAGUGGUUCGGUGUCUCCACAGAUGAAUAUUUUCAGGUGUCAAUAAUGGCGAUGGAGGAGUCCCGCGUUCUGGUGUGGCAUCGAGACAAGUUGAAGCUCUCUAUUAUGUCUGAUGCGUUUCUACAGGCAGUCUUCGACCAUAUACUAGGUCGCGAUGUAGUUCAUAAGUUAAUGCAGGUGUCGGAAACUAUGGCUGUCAGCAACGGGCACCUGCCAAAUAAUUACGAAGAAGGGGAAGACAAACCAAUGUUGGUGGUGAAAAAAGCAGGUGAUGGACCUGGGAUCACUGCGUUGCUAAAUCGACAGCUGCAAGCAUCAGACCCGAACGCAUGGCGGCUCGGCCGAAUAGAGGAAACAGACCACGAGACGCCCGUGUGAGGACGCGCGUUGCACGUAGCUGUGCGCCCGCGCAAGCAGAAACGCGGGCGGCGCUAGUGCAAACUACAAAAAUCCAGUCUACGCUGGUACGAACCGGAUAAAAUCAGUUCGAUGACUCUUAGAGAAGUGCUGUGCACGAUUGAGAAGCAGGGUGUCGUUAUUGAAAUGGAUGAUUUUCUUAUUCAAUAAUCUGUCAAUGGAUCAAAUGAAUUUCUUUAGAAUUUUUAGUAAUUAUAAUUAUUUAAAUAUUAAUUGUGAAAGUGUAGUGGUGUUUUACAAACGUGGACGGUUAAAGGCAAGUUUUAAAAUGUUGACGU